GCCACAGUUCGAGAGGAGAAGUCAAUCAUCCAAAAAUCGAUCUGGAACGAGCAGAGGUCUGUGAACUCGAGCUGUGAGAGUGCUGAGACUGUUUGGCCGAUAUCUCGAGUUUUACCAAUCCAAUUAAGGCGUGUGAGAUACCAAAAGAAAGCUCUCAAGACGAGGAAUCCGUGAAGGUCUGGUUUGCAUCAAUCGGAGUAGAGGAAGGCUUCCAAAUCGUCCGAGCAGAACGAGACCUCGCAGGGACGGAUUUACUCUUCUAAGAAUCGAGUUAGCCGGAAAACACCCGUUCUAGGGGCUGUUUUAGUAUCAACGAUUCGGGGUUGAAAUAGCAACUUGAGGAGGCUAUUUAGCACCCAUUUUCAAGCAAGGAACUAGUUCCCAAUCUUCCUUGGCCGAGGCUUUAGCCAUUGGAUCGAGAAGGAAGGUUUUAAAGCUCAUUUGAGGUUGAGGCUAGAGCUUGCUUCCUGUGCUCGUUGCUCGAGGGAUCAUCUAGGAGGGAAGACUUGAAAUGGACGGUGGUGGCAGGAUUACUAGGAGAAACCCGACGGGCCGUGUACCAGUGGAGACUGGACAGGGCAGUCGAAGGACCUCUAGGGCGUCUAGGGGAGCUGGCCGUGGAGGCCGAUCACAGACCGUGAGUGACGGUCAUGUUGACACAGAAAGUGAAACCUACUGGUCCUAUGAGGACUCAACUUACCAACCGGAGACCGAGCCGGUUGAGACCCCUUACGAAGGGGAUGACGAUGAUAUAAGUGAUGAAGGAGGGGAGAAUGACUCCCUAGCCAGAAUCGAGGCGCUGCUCCAACAAUAUCAGCGGGAGCGCGAAGAAAGGAGGGAACGCCGAAGGCGCCGGGGAGGGCGAACUUUGGGUGGGGCUUCAAGAGGAAGAAGCCAAGGCGACUCUAGGGCCCACAUUGAACCACAUGGGGGCCGGGGUGAUGGAGGUCCGAUCAUAAGGAUCUCAAAAUUUCUCAAAGAGGCGAGAGACUUGGGGUGCAAACCCUUCAACGGAGCAGGUGACAUCUCGGUUGCCGCGGGAUGGAUCAAGAGGCUGAACGAAGCAGCCCUUGAUAUGCAACUCACCCCCGAGUUUAAGCUAAGGGUGGCGGUGAGGUUGCUUGAAGGGAUGGCAUCCACAUGGUGGGACGGAGCCAAGGGAAAGUAUGGCAACACGGUGACUUGGGAGAAUUUCCGACAGGAGUUCUUUGCCCAAUAUUAUUCUGAUUUUGAGGUGAACGCCAAGAGGAGAGAGUAUACCCUCCUGACCCAAGGGGGCAAAAUGACGGUGAGGCAACUUGAAC